AAUAAAUAGGAGAGCCGAAAAAUAAAAUAAAAUUAUGUACACGGCCGCCGAAACCCUCAGAUUGAAACUACAGUAGUAUCGUCCGGUGGUGGAAGAUGGGAGCAGCAGAUACGAUCGUUGUUGCAGAGAAGAUUGAAGACUUGCUUGAGGCUGCUAGAUACGUUGAUAUUGAUGAUCUUAAAAGCUUAGCUGCUGAUGGUGUCUCUCUUACCUCUCGUGAUUCCCAAGGCCGAACAGCCCUGCAUAUGGCUGCAGCGAAUGGACAUAUGACUAUAGUGGAGUAUCUUAUCAGUCAAGGAGUGGAUAUUAAUGCUCUUAACGAUGAGAACAAUGCCCCUCUACAUUGGGCAUGCUUGAAUGGUCAUAUCGAGGUGGUGAAGAAAUUGAUUUUGUCAGGAGCUAGUCUAAGCCUUUUGAAUCGGUAUGAGCGGACUCCUAUGGAUGAAGCCAUUGGUGCUCAGAAGAUGGAGAUUAUAGAUGCCAUCAACACAACUGUUGCACAAAUGGAACUUGAAAAUACCAGUAUGACAUGACUUUUUUCAGACAUCUUCAUCAUAAGCAUCCUAAAAUUUUCUCUUUCUGUCUCUCUCUCACUCUGAUAUGCAGGUGAGGUGUUGUAUUGUUGGAGUUUGUUUACCUAAACUGACUAGCAGUUGUUAGAACUGGUAUCAUAUGAAUUCGAUUUAUUUUGGUUGCAAUACCCACAAACCACAGACUUGUUCAAUUAAUUUUGGGCUGGACCAGUUUGGGUUUA